AUCGAAGUUGCAUACUCAUUACUUUCGUAGAGCCAUCGAGCUGUCGUUUUUCUUGAAGCGUAUUCAGCUCUGGGAGUAGCCGCUUUCCAAGAUCUCUACUGUGAGCUCACACGCUUCGGAGUCGUGUCUGGAAGACACAAGUCGCUUUGUUUCUUCCUUCUGAUAUAUCCACUGAAAAGGAGUUCAUUCUGCUAGAAUGUAGAAGAUGGGGUUGAUUAUCAACCUCUCGGUCGCCCUCAUCGCACUUCUGCAGGGAGCAUCAGCAAUAUGGCCGAUUCCUACUUCCUACGAACAUGGUGAAUCCGUCCUGUUCAUUGCUGAAGAUGUGUCGUUUCAUUGGACCGAUACGGAUGAGUUAUAUGACAAGAACGUUCAGAAGACAUUUCAGAGGCGGUUUGCGCAAGACGACCAAUGGUGGUGGGCAAGCGGGAAUGUGUCUUUAAAAGAUGGGCAAGGAGUCACAGGCCAGGAAAUACAAGACUAUGCCAUCAAACAAACGCAUCGUACCAUUUUCCAAAAGAGCUUCGUUCCCUGGAAGUUCCAUGAGAGGGGCUGGAAAGAGCCUGACUGCAAAGGAGCGACUUAUAUCGAAUCCAUAUACCUGGAGCUCCAACGAGAAGAAAAAGAAGAAGAAGCCGUGAAGACACGGGUCGGCGACGUAGACGAGUCGUACAGACUUUCUCUCACAGAAGACGGAAAGGCAACGAUCCGUGCAAACUCUAGCGUUGGAAUUGCCAGAGGUCUAAACACAUUCACCCAACUCUUCUUUAAGCAUACCGGAGGCGGAGCGUAUACGCCUUGGGCACCUGUGGAGAUCUAUGACGCCCCGGUAUUUCAGCAUAGAGGUCUCAACAUGGACGUUGCCAGGCAAUGGUUUCCAGUCGCGGAUAUAAAGAGGAUGAUUGAUGCGGCGGCGUACAACAAGAUGAAUCGCUUUCACCUCCAUGUCACAGACUCGCAAUCCUGGCCUUUGGAGAUACCGUCGCUUCCAGACCUUGCUGAGAAGGGAGCCUACCGUCCAGAUCUGGUGUACUCAGUGGACGACUUCAAUGAAAUCCAGCGCCAUGCAGCUAUACAGGGUGUGGAGCUGAUUACGGAGAUAGAUAUGCCAGGCCAUACGUCUUCCAUCUGGUUCAGCCGGCCGGAACUCAUCGCCGCGUAUAAUAUCCAGCCUGACUGGAAUACGUAUGCUGCCGAACCACCGUCUGGGACACUCAAGCUCAACUCUUCUGAGGUGGAUGACUUUCUCGAAACACUGCUCGAUGAUUUGAUACUGAGGAUAUCUCCCUACUCCACUCACUUUCACACUGGCGGGGACGAGGUGAACAGGAAUGCCUAUGAACUGGACGACACGGUGCGCUCGAAGGAGUAUUCCGUGCUACAGCCACUGAUGCAAAAGUUCAUUCACCGUAACCAUGACCAAGUCCGCAGACUUGGACUCACACCUAUUGUAUGGGAGGAGAUGCUGUUGGAAUGGAAUCUUACUCUCGGCAAGGAUGUCAUAGUGCAGAGCUGGCGCUCCGAUGAAGCCCUUGCGCAGAUUGUGGCCAGAGGUCAUAAAGCUCUUGCUGGGAAUUACAAGUACUGGUAUCUCGACUGCGGCAAAGGCCAAUGGCUGGAUUUCGAUCCGUCAGUGGCAGCGGACCACUGGCCUUACAAUGAUUACUGCGCCCCCUUCCAUAACUGGCGUCUGAUUUAUUCCUACGAUCCCCUUGCCGGCAUCCCAUCUUCCCACCAGCAUCUCGUCAUUGGCGGGGAGGCACACAUGUGGUCUGAGCAAACCGAUCCGGUGAACCUUGACCGCAUGGUGUGGCCACGAGCGGCGGCAGUUGCAGAGAUACUGUGGAGCGGGGCCAAGGAUAAGGAGGGGCGAAAUAGGAGUCAAAUUGAGGCGAGUCCGAGGUUGAGUGAGAUGAGAGAAAGGUUGGUUGCCAUGGGAGUGGGUGCAGAGCCAAUCCAAAUGCCAUACUGUUUGAUGGAGGGAACGCAGUGUCAGCUGGGAUAUAAGCCGUGAAGAAGAUGACAGCAGAGCCCUACAGUAUGGCCCGACGGAGGGCUAUUGGUGCCAUGACGCCUCUUUACAUCCCGAGAAUGGCUUCUCUUGUGUAGAGUGAAGUAUAGAGCAGCUUUGAAGUGAAUGGAUACCACGCCAGGUAUGCAUCAUGCCGGAAGCGCUAGGCCCAGGCAAAUACUGCAUUG